AUGAAUCAGACAACUAGCGAUGCCAACAUUACGCCUUCCUUAAGUCCAGACGCUAUGGGCGAUGGUGAUACCAGCAACAAUGAUAAUUUGGGUGCACAAUUAUCGGCCAUGUCCAUCGGAAUAAUUGUACUUUGUGCUUUAUUUGGGCUUGCAUUGAUCAUUGCGAUAUGGCUCCUAUUCAUGCGAAGAAAACGCCAUAAGCUCACGACGGAAGAUAGCCAUCAUCAUCAUCAUCAGCAUCAGCAAACCACAACAACAACCCCAUCUAGUGGUGGCGUGAUGGUUCAAGGGGAACAGGGUGCUGGUGGUGGUAGCUUGAAGAAACGCAUCAAGGAACAUUUAUGGCAUCAUGAUCGACAAGACAAAAAACAACAACAACAACAUUCAUUACCUACGGUGGACGAUCUUGUGUUUUCAGCCAUACAACAACAUUUACCACCUCAUCCACCACCACCCACUUGUCAUCAACAACAACCUACUAGCGACCAUCAUCGUUACAGUCAACCUGACUACCAUCAUCAUCAUCAUCAUCAUCCUCAACAACAUGAGGGUGCCACUGCUGGCAUGUUUGAAGAAGGCUACUCUUAUAGCACAUUACGUGGUACGAGUACAGCAGCAAGUCAUUGUAGCAAAAGUUUACCAGAUGAUCCUAUCCUUCAAUCCCUUGCCAGGCAACGUGAAGUUGACAGGGCUGGAUAUUACAAGAGUCGCACGUGUGCCAUUGACAAAGAUGAAGAAGCUGCCAUGCUACAACGCCUUUCCAUGUCGUCAUACCAUGUCUGGUGA